AGUCAGGGGUUGGGGCAUUGCAAGAUGACCUCCAGGGCAGUAGGGAAGCUGCCACACGUCCGCUCACCUCAAAGACGCGGCAGUAGGGGGGGGGAGGGAGGAAUUAUAGGAUCACCGCUGCAGCGAAUGUGCAGCAGGAACAGGAACAGGCAAGUGAACAGGUAUACAGCACCAGCUGAGGGUAGUAAGGAGGUGGAAGCACAACUACUUCAGAAACAAGAAAAGGUAAAUAUGGGGGUAGGGCCAGGGGGCAGGGAGGUGCAAGUCGUACAGCUCCAGCCUGAGGACAGAAGGGUUUGGUGUGGUCGUUUGUUUCCAUCGCCUCCCGUACUUGAAGAGUGUGGCGUGACGACGAUUGUCAUUGCUGUCCACGCACGAAACCGACAAUGCACACGGGCGGUCUGCGGUGGGCACGUGUGUGCGCGUUUCCGUGGCCACGACGGCGGCGGCGGCGGGCAGACGCUUACAUCUGUGGACACAUCCGUCGGGAGGGGUUGCAGCACGCAAAUCGCAGGUGUGUCUUGUUUCGAAGUCGGUGUCAUUGGAGGCGAUCGUGCUGCGGCGGGCUUCGUAUCCAGGUUGGAAGGAAGCAAUGGAGGGUGGCGGCGAGGGUUGUCGUGGAGUGUUGUCUCCGACGGAGAAGACAGCGGUUGCAGCUGCCGCACUUGCCGUCGUGAUCCGCAGCCAGAUCGAGAGAGCGGCAGGGACCAUGAAGGCCAGGCUUUCCCGCGUCGGCAGAGGCUGCUCCUGCAGAGGGUGGUGGACGCCCCGGAUUGCAUCACCACUUCGGAGGCCAUCUUCCAGCUCUGCGCCGCAAUCGGGUGUGGUGUCGUUCCCCGGGCGACGCCUCGAUGGUGGAUGAAGCUCAGAACAGGGGCCACUUGGGAGGACUUGCGGUUCUACGACGAUGCAAAUGAGGACUACUUCCGGGAGAAGCUUCGCAUGCCUAGGCGAGUUUUCAUGGAGAUCAGCGAAGCCUGUGCGCCACAUCUCCAACGACAGGUUACCUUCUACAGGGAACCGCUGCAGCCAGAGCAGAUCGACGCGUACGCGCUAUACCGGUGGGCGACAGGAGAGACGUAUGACAGCAGCACAUCAUCGUUCGGCGCGGGGAGAGCCUCUGGGAUUAUCGCAGUGCGCGAUGUGGCAUCCGUGUUGCUUCGGGUGUACGCGGACAAGAUAUUGUGGCCAAUUGGGGUGUGGAAACACGUCGUGCUGCGGGCAUUUAUGGAGAAGGGCUUCCCGAACUGCCACGGAGCAGUCGAUUGCACACACAUCUACGUGGACAAACAGGUGAACGAGCCCAGCGAGAACUACUUCGACUGCAAACAUCGUUUCUCCGUGGUCGCGCAAGUGGUGGUCGACCUCGAUCUGCCCGUUCUGGACAUUUUCGUUGGGUAUCCGGGGAGCUGCCACGACAUCAAGAUCAUCCAGUUGUCCAGUCUGUCGAGGUGCGCGGAAGAGGAGACGUUGUUUCGCAGGCCACCUAUGACGAUGUCGGGCGGGGUGAGAACCAACGGGUACAUCCUCGGCGACAAGGGGUACCCUCUUUCGGAAUGGGUGGUGGUCCCGUACGGAGGAAUCAAUCAACAUCCCGACGAGGAACGAUUUGACACAAAGCAGGUCGCCAAAGGGGUUGUGGAGAGAGCGUUCGGCAGGUUGAAGGGCAUGUGGAGGCUGUUCCUGCGAACUCACAAGACGAACCUGGACACUCUGCCACAGCAGUUUACCGCGGUCUGCAUUCUGCACAACAUUCUUCUCGAUGCAGGGAUCGAGUUCGACGAGAAUCUGCUAUGGGAAGUCGACCGGAAUGGAGUGCGGCAACAUGUGGAUCUGGGAAUUCAACUUCCCCCCCAAGCCAGUGAGCAAUGCCACUUCAACGGACAAGGCGCUCGCGCUCCGAGACGCUUUGGCGGAGCGAAUGAAACACUUGUGAUCCACAACGUCGCCAUCAUUGGUAAGUCCCUCUCCUGCUACUUCGUGUUUGCGAAUUGCAGGCAACUCUUCUCCAUCGCGCCACCAUCGAUUAGCUUAACGCUCUGAUGGUCUGUCGACUUCCAUCGUGUUCGUGCAGGCGUUUCGGAAUGUGUACGGUGUCUUCUUUCGCAGUUCCCCGCGGUGCGUGGACGG